UCCCGCCAAGACAUCCAUCUUUCGCCGCGUGCAUGACCUUGCUAAUACCCAAUUCGCAUCUCAGGUUUAAUCUUAUCAACUGUAAACAUAAAGCGGUUUUCACACGAGGGCGGUGUUCAUCUCGGCGAAGACGUCACGAGGCAGGUCUCGCUCGAGCCCACCAAUGAGACGAGGCAGCUCGGUUCUUUUGGGGCACAUCGCAAUGAAUGGGUGUCGGUGCUUUACAAGGCAAAGGAGCGACCACAACAAGACGCGGAUAUUGAGGGGAUGCGGCAUCGGCACGCGGGAGCUGUCCACCAGCAGCAGCACAGCAACGACGCGGACACUCGUGACAGUCAAAAGGAAGGAACUCGUCCAGUCGCCCCGCUCUUUAGUCUGCCGCCCCCACCGCCAUCGAUAAAGGAGCGAUCCACCUCCUCACAUCACAGCCGACAUGCACAGUCCUGUCCGGACCGCGGCGCCAGGAACGGCGAGUGCCUGCCUUUGAACGGCCACGGUGACCGUCAGCCGCAUCCGUUUCCAGGGGCCUCACCUGCCUCUCAGUGCCAUUUGGAGGGGCUCUCACAGAGCAGCCAUUCUCCUCCUCAGCACAGAUCUUCCGUUUCCCCGCAGCCCUCCCCAUCCGAUCUGCCGCCGCCGCCUCUGCCUUCGCGCAUUUCUAAUACGCGGGAUACGCGCCAAAAGAGUGCUAAUUACAAACAAGACAUCGCCGGGGAGGGGGGGCGUCGAGACCAAAACCAGUUGCUGCAGCAACCCUGUUAUAAUCAACAAAGGGACCCCUCCUUUGAGCCACUCUUGCCAAACUCUGGUCAAGGACAGAUAAAUGCAUGCGAGGAAGCCGAGAAGGAGAGGCAAUUAAUUGAGCCUCAGGCUCAGUUACUGUUGGGCAGCAGUUUGCCCAUCAGCUACUGCAUCGGCGGAUCCGGGCAAGUGUGCGGAAACAAGCAGGCGCCGCUGUCGCAGCAUCAGCAUCAGCAUCAGCGGAGUGACAGAGACAGCAGCAGCGGCGGCAGCAGAUACCAGGAGGGGAAAACCGCACUCUGUCAGCCUUAUCGAUGCGAGCGAGCGCUAGAGAGGAACUCGUCGGUGUCGAGUAGUGAAAACAGCAGCCCCCCGUACGGCUCCAGCAGUCAACUGUGGCCAGAGCCCCACGACAAGGAGGACAGGAAAAAUCGCGCAGGCAAACACAAGGCACAUGCUGAGCGAACAAAGCUGAGCCAUGCUGGAUCCAAGCCCUCCCUCUCCGAGAGCAGUCACUCACUCCCUCAGAUAGCCAUGAACAGCUGCAAGUACAAUGGAGGAGUGGUAAGACCACUGGGCAGCCUGGCGGCUUCACGACGCAACCUAGCAGAGCAUGACUCUGAGACCCAGCCGCUCCAGACUCUCCACAGCUCCGGCCUGGAAGUGGUCGUCUCUAAGGGCAGUGGCGAGGACACCAGCAAGGCGUCCAAUGAGAGCCUGGUCCGAGAGAGUGGCAACGCACCACAGAAAAAAAAUAAAGAUAUUGGCUACAAGUUGGGCCACAGGAGGGCACUUUUUGAGAAGCGCAAACGGCUUAGUGACUAUGCCCUCAUAUUCGGUAUGUUUGGGAUCGUUGUCAUGGUAACAGAGACUGAACUGUCCUGGGGGGUUUACACUAAGGAAUCUUCAUAUUCAUUUGCACUGAAAUGCCUUAUCAGCCUUUCCACUGUUAUUUUGCUUGGUCUUAUAAUAAUGUACCACGCUCGGGAAAUACAGCUGUUCAUGGUGGAUAAUGGGGCGGAUGACUGGAGGAUAGCCAUGACGUAUGAGCGCAUCUUCUUCAUUGUCCUGGAGCUGCUGGUGUGUGCCAUUCACCCAAUUCCGGGCCAGUAUGUGUUCACAUGGACGGCCCGGCUGGCUUUCACCUACGUGCCCUCCGUGGCCGAUGCCGAUGUAGACAUCAUCCUUUCCAUCCCCAUGUUCCUCCGCCUCUACCUGAUUGGCCGGGUCAUGCUCCUUCACAGCAAGCUCUUCACCGACGCAUCCUCACGCAGUAUAGGUGCCCUCAACAAGAUCAACUUCAACACGCGCUUCGUCAUGAAGACCCUCAUGACCAUCUGCCCGGGUACCGUGCUGCUGGUCUUCAGCAUCUCCUCCUGGAUCAUCGCGGCCUGGACCGUUCGGGUCUGUGAGAGGGAUGCCAUGUAUCAUGACAAACAGGAAGUCACUAGUAACUUUCUUGGAGCUAUGUGGCUAAUUUCCAUAACUUUCCUAUCAAUUGGCUAUGGAGAUAUGGUCCCUCAUACAUACUGUGGGAAAGGGGUCUGUCUGCUCACAGGGAUCAUGGGAGCUGGUUGCACUGCACUUGUAGUCGCAGUGGUAGCCAGAAAGUUAGAACUGACAAAGGCUGAGAAACACGUCCACAAUUUCAUGAUGGACACCCAACUUUGUAAACGAGUAAAGAACACAGCUGCCAAUGUACUCAGGGAAACAUGGCUCAUCUACAAACACACCAAGUUAGUGAAGAAGAUAGAUCAUGCCAAAGUGCGCAAACAUCAGCGCAAGUUCUUGCAGGCCAUUCACCAAGCUCAGAAGCUCCGCAGUGUGAAAAUGGAGCAGAGGAAACUCAAUGACCAGGCCAACACUUUGGUGGACUUGGCGAAGACUCAGAAUGUGAUGUACGACCUGGUGUCAGAGCUGCAGGAACGCAGUGAGGAGCUGGACAAGCGUAUUGGCACGUUGGAGGACAAGCUGGACGCAGUCACCAGCAGCCUGCAGGCUCUGCCCUGUCUGAUCUCCCAAGCCAUAACUCAGCAGCAGCAGGACCUCCUGGACGGCUUCGUGCAUCGCUUCUGCCCUGCUUCACUGGGCUCGGAACACUCCUGGACCCCCUCCAGACGGCGGCGCUCGCCCUCCACUGCCCCGCACACUUCCUCCGACAGCGGCUAACGCAGGGCCUGGACCUGCUCGCCGCUUCCAAAGGUCUCAGACUUAUUCACGUAAGAUGAUCAAGCCGAGAUUGAGGACUCGUGUUAAUAAGUAGAGAAGAAUUAUCAAAACAGUAGAUAUAUGGUUUAUGUUUAGCCAUUGUAUGGCUGUUCAAGUUAGCUUUUUUGUAAAGCCCUCAUAUAUUUACAAGACUGAGUUCAGGAAGCUGGAGUGAGUCCAGGAAACUGGUCCUUCAAACUGCGAGAUCACGGGGUCCACGGGAAGGUGGGCCCGAGCAACGCCUGCCAGAGUGAACCAACACAGACCACAAAGGAGCGAAUCACCCACAUGGAAGCGAUUCACUGGUCCUGUAAGACAUCUGUGCCAGGAUGAGCACCGCGAACGCAUCUGGGUGCUCUGCGAUGGCUUCAGCAUUCAGCUGGAGACGCAGGAGCACAUGACCUUACUACUGAGUAGAAUAAUGCAGGAAUGCCAACCUUAAGGAUUCAGUUCCCUUGCUCCUUUAAGGGAAAUUGGGUGCAACUAACCUUUUUUAGUUACAGAUUGGCAUGUUAUUUUUUUCAGUGCCUGAAUGUAUAGAUUGUGAAAGGAUGUCCAUUUACAAAUUUUGGAGCAAGUUUUUGUACAAUGUUAACAUGAGCAUUGCAUUCCUUUUUCAGAUACAUUCCUCUUGAAGACAUUUAACUUGUCUGUCUUAACAGAUGCCAUUAACUCUGUCGCAGUCUUCUCUUAUUUUCCAAAGCCUUUCAAUACUUCCACCAGUUAGGCAAAGAAGGCAGGAAAGGAAGGAAGGAAGGAAAGAAAUAUAGGAAGGAAGAAAUAAAAGAAGGUAUAGUUUCUACUCAAACUGGUAACACUUUCAUUUUAACGAAAUCUGAGCUUCCAGAAGUCUUCACGUUACCCAGAGGCUGCGUUUUUUCGAAUCUGAAAUGACAGCACAGAGUGCUAAAUGCUGUGGUAGGCACAAAUGUAUGACAGGACUGAGAUUUAAACCUUGCAUGUUUCAGUGCAAUUGUGACGAAUGGAUUACGGAUGGUUUUUCAAAUGUAUGUGUGUGCUCUUUUUUUGUUUUAUUUCAUUUAUUUUUUACACAGAGAGUGUUUUUAAAAUGUUGGAUAGUAUUUUUAGAGUUGCAAAUAUAGCGGUGCAGUAAUGUGGUAAUGUACGUUUAAUGCAUUCCUUGUUCUACCUAUAAAUGAAUUCCCCGACCAAGAGAUUGACGAAUCAGUGAAAAGUAGGAGUAAUACUAAACAAAUCAUUCUGUAAUCAUGAGAAGACCUUCUCUGAGAAAAUACAUCUGAUAGAGCAGAUGGAGAUGCUUAUGGAAGACAUAAUUGUGGCUCACAUUUGCACUUUUCAGAACAUACCGUUAAGGCAGCUUAGAGCUCAAAUCUGUCUCUCCUGUUCACAUGUAUUUUUUGGACAUCUAUGGUUUUAAAUAAUCAUGUAACUUUAAAGCAGCCGACAAUGUUAUGUGUUUGAUGGUGUAAUUCACAGAUUUAAAGCUAAUGGUAAAUGACUACGAACCAACUCAUUGCAACUUGCUUUAGAAAAGUUUUCUUUUUAUUAAUUUGACUUAAUUUAAAUAACUUUUUUUUUUUUUUUUUUUUACUAUUUCAGGCAAAACAUGGGGUAGUAAUUAUUUGUGCUUGAUUUAAUGUCCAUAAAUGAUUUUUUUAUGAUUUUUAAUGAUUUUAUUUUGCAAGACAUUGGAUUCCUAACCAAAGCCUAUACCCUUAUCAACUGAAAAACUAAUAUGUUUUAUGACUACAUAGAAAUUAAGCUGCACACUCACUCAAAGAUACAGACUUUGUGCACAUUUCAUGUGAGAUUGAAGCCAAAUUCCCCCCAAAACACUUAUAAUAAUGCAUAUUUGCUUUUUCUGAUUUGCUUGUAAAACAUUUGUUAAUAUAUUAUUAAAUGAGAAAAAGAUUUCCAUAAUUUGGCGGCUUGAUCACAACUCCUAUCCAACUUGUUUCAGUCUCGUCAAUACUAUGUUUAGGUCUUAUGUAUUUCCAGUCCUCUGUUCUUGUGUACAAACGAUGCCUAAAAUUAGCAACCUUGCCAACCAACAGCCCCAUUUGAACUUAAAAAAUAGAGAAUUCUCACAGCUUUCAUUGUUGAAAUAUACUUGACACUUUUAGCACAUUUUGAUAAAACAGAGAUCAAAGACGAACUGAGAAAGCCGGUCGUAACAUUCAAUUCCUAAUGUAGACAAAAAUAGAAGGACAGGCUGCUUUACUAUUCAAGCUGCUGUUGAUGACCAAAAUCAAGUGCAAUUUAGAUCCUGGUUAAAAAUAAUUGGAUGUACGAUUGCAUGGUUUUAAACAACAUGACUAUGACCCUUGUUCAUGCCUUUCUCUCACUUUCACUGUCAACAAAGUCUAUAUGUUGUAAUGUGCCAAUUAUAAAGUAAGACUCAGAUGCCUUCUGAUGUCAAACUGCAUACACGAGUAGAUGGGACACCAAAUCACUAAAAUGUAUUUUAUUGGACUACAUGAUUUUAUUUUCUUUCAGAUUUUUUCCUAAUUGCCUUUCUUUGAGAAAUACCUGUGAAUGAUUAAACAGAGAGAUGAACUUGCAUUUUGUAUCCUCCCAGGUAGACUGUACAUAAAGGCAUGGGUUAUCAUGGUCUCGUAUUUUGAGAUCCUCUUAUUUUGUUUACAUAGAGAUAGCCCAAGAAGCUACAGUAUGGACAAAAUCUGCCCAUGUUUCAGAUAAUAAAUAUCAAAUUCUUGAGAAUA